UGGAAACACUACAAUAUGCCUUGGCUAAACAAGAAAUGUAGCAAGAUCAAGAAGAUGACAAAGCUGGUAACUUGAACCAGGACACAACAACUAAUCAGAUGUCUAAAGACGUUGAGGAAAAGCGUGGUAGGACAGGAUUCAUAUGAGAUCAGCAAAAACCACUCUUGGGCUCAUCAUUGCGUGAGUUUAUUAUUAUCCUUAUAUAUCCCUCUCAUCUCAUGAUACAAGUGCUUGCGACUGUUACUGUGUAGCUCUAGGCCCAAUAAAUGUGGUUAAAUUGAUAAUUAUGAAAUGUUGGGUCAUUUUUCAUAAUACCUGGAAAAUGUAAGGGUCUUAGACUAAAUAACAAAUAAUAAAAACACACACGAAAGCCCUAAACCCAUCACCGUGUAGAGGAAACUCAUCGGCAUCAAUGGCCGCCAUGCUCUCCCACCGUCUCCGGCGAGUUCUCCUCGCCUUACCUUCCUCUUUCCAUCGAUCCUUCACUCCAACUCGCGCCUCCCAUUUCCCUCACGUAUCGUCUCUGUUACGGCAAACCCUGGCGGUGAAGCAACCAACGGAGCUUACUCAAUCUCCGGCGAGAUUGCUCUCAACGACACAGUAUCAGUACGAUCCUUACACCGGAGAAGACUCGUUCACGCCAGAUAACGAAGGAUGCGACUUCAACCAUUGGCUAAUCACAAUGGACUUCCCAAAGGAGAAUCCUCCGUCUAGAGAAGAAAUGAUCUCCAUCUUCGAGCAGACCUGCGCUAAAGGGCUUGGUCUAAGCUUGGAAGAAGCUAAGAAGAAGAUAUAUGCAAUUUGCACAACUAGUUACCAAGGCUUUCAAGCGACUAUGUCUAUAGGAGAAGUUGAGAAGUUUAGAGAUUUGCCUGGGGUUCAGUAUAUUAUUCCUGAUUCUUAUGUUGAUGUUGAGAACAAGGUGUAUGGAGGAGACAAAUACGAGGAUGGUGUGAUUACACCUGGUCCAGUUCCUGUCCCCACUAAAGAAGGAUUUGAUUCUUUAGAGAAGGAGAGUGCUUCGGAAGAAGAUAAAUCUCAGGAAGCUCAAAAGCAGCCAGAUCAGGAGCUAACCUCAGGACAAGUGCUAGAUCAGGAAAGUGAAAAGCCUCCAGAGCAGAGAUUUUUCAAGCAAGAUCAAGAAAGUCGAAUGCCUCCAGAGCAAGAGAGGAGUUUCAAACAAAACCAAGGAACUUUGACUCCAAUACAAUGGCGACCGACCCCAAGACAAUGGAAAGGUCGAGGUGAAGUGUCAACCUCAAGACAAGGGCCUUCAUUUCAGUGGAGUUUCAAUCGAGAUCAAGGAAAUCCCACCUUAGGACAAAGGCAGGUUCAAGGUAAUCAGAUACCUUCGUUUCAAGGGAGUUUCAAUCAAGGCCAAGGAACUCCGUUCGUAGGAAAAGUGCAAGAUCAAGAAAGUCAAACGCCUUCAUCUCAAAGGAGUUAUAACCAAGGCCAGGGAACACCAAUGUCAGGGCAAGGUCAGGGAAGUCAAGCACCCUCCUAUCAUAUGGGUUAUAGCCAAGGACAGGGAGCUCAGGCGCCUCCAUAUCAAGGAUCACCAAGCAGUUACGGUCAAGGAGCAGUGGCGAACUACAACCAAGGGCCACCACAAGGAAACUUUAGCCAAGGGACACAUGAAAAUUACAACCAAAUGGGCAGAGGGAAUAACACUCUGCAAAGUGGUGGAAACUAUGGUCCUUCACAAGGAGCAGGAAGUCCAGGAUUUGGACACGGGCAAGGUCAAGGAGGAGGUCAGUUAUUGUCUCCAUAUCAAGGGAGUUACAACCAAGGCCAGGGAACUCCAAUGUCAGGACAAGGGCAAGGAGGUCAAAUACCUUCAUAUCAGAUUGGUUACGGCCAAGGCCAUGGAGCUCAGGUGCCUCCAUACCAAGUAAACUACAACCAUGGAACACCAGGAAAUAAUGGUCAAUGGGCGUUUGUGAACUACAACCAAGGGCCACCACAUUGUAACUUUCUCCAAGGGCCACAUCAAAAUUACAACCAAGGAGGUCAGUGGAAUUACAGUCCACCUAAUGGUGUAAACUAUGGUCCUCCACAGUUUGGAAAUCAAAUGCCCCAAUAUCAGUUGAGUUACAAUCAAGGUCAAGGAACUCCAUUCCCUGGACAAUGGCAAUGUCCAGGAUGUGGAAUGCUUUUGUAUCAGGGGAGUUAUAAUCAAGGCCAAGGCACACCAAAUCAUGGACAAUGGCAAGGUCAAGGAUUUGCAAAAAUGCCUUCAUAUCAAGCGAGUUAUAGUCACAGCCAAGGAGCAUCGGUGCCUCCACACCAAGGAACACCAAGCAGUUCCGGUCAAGGGACAUCUGCAAACUUCAACCAAGGGGUUCCGGUGAACUAUAACCAAAAGGGGGAAGGGAAUUACAAUCUGCAAAGUGGAGGAAGCUAUGGUAUUACUAAUACACAUGGAUCCGCAGGGUUUUCUGGACAAGGACAGAAUCAAACAUUUCGACAGGAGAAUCAAAGAAAUGUAGCAGGUGAUUGGAGCAACAACAGUAAUCCUAAAGACCCAAUUGAAACCGGCAAAAUUCCGCAUUGAUUAAGAUCUAUCUGAAGAGAGGAAUGAUGAAAUUGGCAGCCGAGCAUGAAUCUUUCUGAUUAGAGUUGGCCAUCAAUGAGAAGUUCUGUUUUGUACAAUUAACUACAGUGGUAUCUGCAGGCUGGUCUUAGGCUACACGGGUAUAACCAACCACUAGUGAUGAUUUUGGGGGACCUGAGUAAAAUAAGUUCAUGUUCACAACCCAGCUAGCAGCUGUUUUUCUGUGGCCGUCGAGCAUUACUCGGCAUUUUGAACUUAGUUAGGUCUCAGCUUCUGUUUUGUCUCUUUACAAGCACAUGAUGUACGUACGUGUUAAAGACAGUAAAGAGUCUAAAGACUAGUGACAUGGGUUUUUGUCCUUUUAUACAGUUGACUACUUGUAUUUUCAUUUUUUAAGUUACAUUAUAUCAUUCAUCACAAGGCAAAGAGGCAUUUUGCAA